CAGCUCCUGAUGUCAGGUGUGCAUAAAUGUAAGGCGACUUUAUUAGCUUCUUUCAAUAGACCAUGUUCUAGACCGGGUUGGGAACGGCUUGUUCAAGCCAAACUGCGCUUUGGUCCUAAUAGACUUUUUUAUCCGCCAUGGUCACAUCACUCCUGAAUCAGAACCGAACUUUCUCGAGAUCCUGACAAGGAUCCAUGGUCGAUUUGGUUAUUGACAAUCCCUAGCAUGCAAUAGUGAGGACAUCGGAGUAGGUUUGGUGGGAAGGGUUCCAAAUAUAUGUAUACUGCUCUCAUCUAGGGCAUGCAUGCAUUAUGUUACGAUAAUAAGUCCCAAAGUCUGACGCCGAUUUAGAUACAAGUGUACAAUGCCCUGUCAAUAGGAGGAAAAUACUAAGUGUAUAUGAUACACAUGAAUAAAAAGACAGCAAGUGCUCAUUUUUUAGCCGAGCGGGUUCGACGUGCAGGUUGGGCAGACCGAGGCAGUUGGCUGCUCGGAGUAAUUGUACCCCUGCCAGCACCUCUAGCGAUUGUAGUUUUCCUUGCAAGCAUUUGUCUUGUAGUUCGGACAUUCUUUGGAGCAUCGUCCUCUUCACCCUGUCCCUCCUUACCUCCUUCACCAGAUCCCAUGCCUUCGUUCUCCUUGUCGACGGCUCCCGAAGGGGACUUCUUUGUUCCACUUCGGGUUUGCCUUGGCUCUCCUGCCGAGGGAGUUAGGCGACCGCGCGCUCUCCGAUCAGAGGUCGUAACCUCGUCUGAGGCAGCCUCCUCCGCCUCACCCGUCGCUUCAUCUUCCGAUUCCUCUUUCACAACAGGAGUCGUUCGCUUUGUACGCCUGCUGACGCGGGAUCCAACCGGUUUGGCAACAGGUUGGGACUUUUUUGCUGUGGGUGACUCCGCAAAAGCUCUGGUUCGACGACCAGUAGACGGUAUGCGUGUGGGCCGGGCGAUUGAUGGCGUGACAAUUACGACUUCGGGGGUCACAAGACUAGGGUUCGACUGCACUUUCCUGCCCACUCGGGCAGGUUUGGCCGGUCCAACGUCAACAGGAGACUUCUUUCGCUUAGAACCAGCACCUUCCUGCGACUGGGCUGAUGCCAACAGGACGUCAGAACACACGCGGGGGAUUUCGGAUGUUGGCUGCCGAGGAAUACCCUCAAUGGCUUGUUUGCUAGAUGAACGGGUUCUAGUACGAGAAGAGGACGGAAUUGGCUCGGCCGAUCGCGUGCGAGAGGAGCGACGAGUAUUAGUAGUUGACGUACAACAGUGGGAAUAGUGUCAGCCCUCUCAUUCGACAGGGUCUCCCCAUCAUCCUGAUCUGGAGUCGUAGAAGAUCGAACUGACUCUACGGAUUCUUGGACCCGUUUCGAGGAUCGUGUUUUCCUGGUGAUACCCGGAGUGACUGACCGCACUCGCGAUACUUCUCUUUGGGUAUCUAUAUUGGGUGCUGUGAUCAACGGUUAUUGACACUUCAAUAACGUGAAGACGAAGGGUAUACCUUGGACAAUGUCCUCAAUUUCCGCCACUUCCACCUGUGUGAAUAUAUCAUUCAUGCCCGCAAAACUAGGG